AUGACGAGUCUCAAGAGGUCCUUUGCGGCCGAUGCCGCGGCGCCUAACCUUGCGAGCAAGGUCUACGUGAGGUCUACCCGGAGUGGCAAGGUGCAGAAGAUAGUCAGAGAACUCUAUCUUAGGCAGGACAUUCCGUGUUCGUCAAGGCUGUGUUCUGCAUGUCUCGAUGUCGCCCCCAGAGACUACAACAACAAGGUCGCGCCCUUUGUGCUUUCUGAACGUCCCGCGGGGACCAAGUCUUUUCCUAGCGGCCAUUAUCUCAUCCCAGACACCAAUGCCUUCCUUACUGGCAUGGAUCUUUUUGAGAUUGAGACUGCGUUCCAUGACGUCAUCGUUCUGCAGACCGUCCUGGAGGAGGUUAAGAAUCGCUCUCUACCGCUCUAUCACCGUUUGAUCAGUCUCACGAAGAACGAGGACAAGCAUUUCUAUGUCUUUUUCAAUGACUUCAGACUGGACACUUACGUUACCCGGGGAGAGGGCGAGAGCAUCAACGACCGCAAUGACCGCGCUGUCAGGAAAGCCGUCCAGUGGUACGGUGAACACCUCCAGCAAGCAGUCAAGUCGCGUCGGGAUGCCAAAGCUCCAGCUAUCGUGAUGAUCAGUGAUGACAGGGAAAACCUACGCAAAGCAAAGGCAGAUGGCGUUCCUGCACUUUCGUUGUCUGACUAUGUAUCUGGUCUGCCCAACGCAGACCAACUGUUGGAUAUGGUUAGCACAGGUCGCGAGCAGCGGGAAGUUAGAGCUGGCAAGGCUGAGCUUCUGUACCCUGAACAUUACUCGCUCUCGAAGAUGAUGACCGGCGUCAAAGCUGGCACCCUCCACCAAGGCACAUUCAACGUGUCCCAGUACAACUAUUUGGAGGGUUCCGUGCACGUACCGGCCUUUGAGAAGUCUCUGUUGAUUUUGGGAAGAGAGAACAGCAGUCGCGCCGUGUCUGGCGAUGUCGUUGUUGUUGAAGUCCUGCCCAAGGACCAAUGGAAAGCUCCUUCCACUAAAAUCAUUGAGGAGGAAUCUCUGAACAAGAAUGAGAAUGCAGAUGUGGAUGAAGGAGAGGCUGUCGUCACGGAACAGGAGAGGCGGGCACUUCAAGAAGAAGUGAAGAGAGUACAGAGCAAGAGCACCGAAGGACGUCCUCAACCCACUGCACGUGUCGUUGGAAUCAUCAAAAGGAACUGGCGGCAGUAUGUUGGACAUGUCGACAAGGACUCUGUCAAGUCCAGUGCGAAGGGAAGUCGUGCGCAGCAGACCGUCUUCCUUAUUCCCAUGGAUAAGCGCAUACCGAAAAUCCGAGUCAGGACGCGUCAGGCGGGUGAACUCCUUGGCAAGCGUGUCUUGGUCACGAUCGACUCCUGGGAUCGGGAGGCUCGAUACCCGGUGGGCCACUUCGUCAGAUCCCUUGGCGAAUUGGAAUCGAAGGGCGCUGAGACCGAGGCAUUGUUGCUCGAAUACGACGUACAAUACCGACCAUUCCCUAAGACAGUUCUUGACUGCCUACCGGCAGAAGGCCACGACUGGCGCGUCCCAGCCAGCACCGAUGAUCCGGGCUGGAAGGGUCGUCGCGAUCUUAGAGACCUGUUGGUGUGUAGCAUCGAUCCUCCCGGUUGUGUGGAUAUCGAUGACGCCCUUCACGCCCGCCUCCUGCCCAACGGAAACUACGAAGUUGGUGUUCACAUUGCCGAUGUCUCUCAUUUUGUCAAACCAAACAACGCAAUGGACAAGGAGGCCAGCAUGAGGGGCACCACAGUUUACCUAGUCGACAAGCGUAUCGACAUGUUGCCUAUGCUUCUUGGCACGGAUCUCUGUUCGCUGAAGCCGUACGUUGAGCGUUACUCGUUCUCUGUCCUCUGGGAGAUCACCAAGGAUGCGGACAUUGUCAAGGCAGACUUCACCAAGUCUGUGAUUCGUUCACGGGAAGCUUUCAGUUAUGAACAAGCUCAGAUUCGGAUUGAUGAUAAGUCGCAACAGGAUGAGCUGACGGAAGGCAUGCGGACACUCUUAAUGCUUUCCAAGAAGCUCCGCCAGAAGCGUUAUGAUGCAGGUGCUCUGAAUCUGGCCAGUCCCGAAGUCAAGGUCCAGACCGAGUCUGAAACUUCUGAUCCCGUCGACGUACAAACCAAGCGCCUCCUGGACACCAACUCGCUUGUAGAAGAAUUCAUGUUGCUCGCCAACACUAGCGUCGCUGCUAAAAAUCACGAGGCCUUCCCCCAAACUGCCCUACUACGUCGCCACGCUGCACCUCCAAAGACCAACUUCGAGGGCCUGGCGAACCAGCUCAAGGUUAAGAAGGGCAUGGAGCUUCGCGUCGACAGCUCAAAGGCUCUGGCCGACUCCCUGGACACUUGCGUUGACCCUGAAGAGCCCUUCUUCAACACGCUCGUCCGUAUCAUGGCAACUCGCUGCAUGAUGUCGGCCGAGUACUUCUGCUCGGGUACGCAGGCCUAUCCUGAGUUCCGUCACUACGGUCUCGCGAGCGAAAUCUACACGCACUUCACGAGCCCGAUCCGUCGGUAUGCCGAUCUCGAAGCACACAGACAGCUCGCUGCGGCCAUCGAGUACGAGCCACUUGACGCCUCGCUUCACAGCAAGGCGAAGCUCGAGGGCGUGUGCAAGAACAUCAACGUCCGACACCGUAAUGCGCAGUUUGCGGGCCGGGCCAGCAUCGAGUACUAUGUUGGGCAGGCACUUAAGGGGCGUGUUAUUGACGAGGAGGGCUUCGUAAUGCGCAUCUUCUCCAACGGCUUUGUCGUCUUUGUGCCAAGAUUUGGCAUCGAAAGUCUGAUCCGGCUGAGAGAUUUGGCGACUCCUGAGCCCGAGGCUGAGUUUGACGAGGAGAACUAUGUGCUCAAGACGACGGGCAGCAGGAGCGUUAAGCUCGAGCUGUUCCAGAAGGUUACAGUGCGGAUCAGCGACGAGAUUGAGGAGAGCACUGGCAAGCGGAAGAUCAAGCUUGGCCUGGUAUGA